GGGUUGUAAGUCGUAAGAGAGCUUGGACUGAGAGUGGGAGAUGGAGACGACGAGUGAGACGCGAAUAGGAGGAGAGGAGGCUGCAAGGGAGGAGCAGCAGCAGCAACAACACGAGCGGCAGACGAUGAAGGUGAUCGUGGCGAUCGACGAGAGCGAAGGGAGCUUCUACGCGCUGAGGUGGGCCAUCGACAACAUCUUCACGUACGCCGUUGCUGCACCUGAUCAAUCGCUGGAGCUCAGCAAGAUUUACCUGCUUCACGUCCAGCAGCCUUUCCAACACUACAUUUUCCCCUCUGGACCAGCUGUUUAUGCAACCUCUGCAGUGUUGGACUCUGUUAAGAAAGCCCAAGAACAGAACUCUGCAACGCUACUUGCUCGUGCAUUACAAAUAUGCAAAGAAAGGAUGGCUUGUGACACAACUGGAGUUCUAAAUCCCGUGCAGAUAAAAGCUGAAACGAUAAUUCUUGACGGAGACCCCAAGGAUGUGAUUUGUCAGGCUGCAGAGCAGAUUCAUGCUGAUUAUGUAAUUGUAGGGAGCCGUGGGCUUGGCAAAAUCAAGAGGGCAUUUCUUGGGAGUGUUAGCGAUUAUUGUGCUCAUCAUGUAAAGUGCCCAGUCCUCAUUGUGAAGCCAACAAAGUGACGGGUCUGAAGUCUAAUUAAUAAUUCUAAUAACGAUCAUGGCUCCCAUGGAGUUCAUGAUGUAUUUAAUGGUGCAGUCUAUUUGUAAUAAGGAUGCAUUUGUGUUUCAACUCUUGCUUCUGUUGUUUUAAUAUGAACUCUCCCUCCCUCUCUCUCUCAUGGAGUUUAUGAUGUAUUAAUGCAUGUCUGCAUUGUAUGCAUACUUGCAUAUAUGCAUGUAAA